ACUAAUGCUCCUCUGUUUACUUCAUUUGUAAUGAUGCUGAUGUGAGACAGAAACUGCUAGCUAGCUAGCCUGCCUAGCUAAAGUAAUAAAGAACCGGUAAGAGAUGGAGAAAAAAACACAUGUGAUGGGGGGACAUACUAAUGGGUCUCCUCUUACUUUUCAUCUCAGUAUAGCUAUUUGUUAUCACCUGUUUGCUGUUAAGUAACCGUCACAUUCUUACUGACGGUGAGCCUGUUAGCUCGCUAGGGUGCAGGCUAGGCUAGCUUUGCAGUGGGUUCGUGUUUCGGUGUGAUCUGGUAUGGCAGAUUGCAAACUCAACAACACUCGCCACCACCGGAAGCAUUUUCUGAUUUACCCCUUCUGAGUAACACAACCGUUGCUAUCAGGACCCAGACUUUUAGGUUAAUUAGCCACCACGUCUGCUAGCGAAGCAACCUUAGCUAACGCCGCUGCUAGCGAAACUGUGUGGCCUGGAAUGGAACCAGGCGACUUGCGAGAGAGCCCCGCCGGCUCCGGGGAGUCAGACGUGGGGGAUUGGAGGGAGGUUAUUCCCGGUGGGGACGAGGAGGUGAAAGCUGCCGAAACUAAUGGAACAACACUAGAGACGGCGCUCAGGGACACCUGCCAGGAAGUCGAAAAUGAAAAACAAAAAGGAGUUGGUGAGCAAUUACACAGCCCCUAUGAGGAGGAACUGGACCCCAGAAUUCAGGAAGAGUUGGAGCAUCUUAAUGAAGCCAGUGCAGAAAUCAAUAGACUAGAGCUGCAGUUGGAUGAUGCCAGAUCAGGGUACCGGAAAAUCCUCACAGAGUCUGCCAGGAAGCUAAAUGCUCAGAGCUCUCAACUUGGUGGCUGCAUAGAGAAAGCAAGACCUUACUAUGAAGCUCGUCGCCUUGCGAAAGAGGCACAGCAAGAGACCCAGAAGGCAGCUUUGAGCUAUGAGAGAGCCGUCUCUAUGCACACAGCUGCCAGGGAGAUGGUCUAUGUGGCAGAGCAGGGCUUGAUGGCUGAUGGCAAGAACACCCUGGAUCCCACCUGGCAGGAGAUGCUCAACCAUGCUACCUCCAAGGUGAAUGAAGCUGAGGAAGAGCGACUCCGCAGUGAGAGGGAGCACAUGCGGGUGACACACGCCUGUCAGGAGGCCGAGGCUCGGGUUCAGAUGCUGCAAAAGUCCCUCAAAAGAGUCAUUGUGAAAUCCAAACCUUACUUUGAGCUCAAGGCCCAGUUCAACCACAUACUGGAGGAGAACAAGACCAAAGUGCUGCAGCUUGAACAGCACGUAGCCAAAGUAAAGACCCGCUACUCCAUCGCCUUACGAAACUUGGAACAAAUCAGCGAACAGAUCCACGCUCAGAGGGGGAGGGACCAGGCCAAGGGAGGAUGCACCAGUGUCUGCGGUGGGCGCAGUCCCCCCGUUGGAGCUGAGUCCGACAUCAGAGUUAAGAAAGAAGGCGGAGCCUGCGGUGGUGGUGCGACGGGGAAGGAUCGAGUGGAUGCAGCCAUCGACCUGGAGAAAUACAAGGAGAAGGAGAAUGAAAAGGAGAGGGAGCGGGCGGGGUCGGAUUCCCUUUCGGUCUUCAGCCUGCAGACCAUCGCUUCCGACUUAGAGAAAUAUGACUCCAUUGAGCACCUCGGGGACCUCAGCGAUGUAGGGAGCGUAACCGGGGAUGAGGGGGAGAAAGAGAGGGGCGGAGUGAUUGAUAGAAGAGACAAGCUGGCGGAAGCGAGCGCCAAAGAGCGCCAGCAGCAGUUCUACAAGCAGCACCACCGAAGCUUCAGUUUGUGAGGCUGUCAUAGAUAUAGCAUAUAAACACUUCAGAAGUAAAGUAUAUGAGUUAUCAAAAAAAGUACAAAUUAGGGUAAACAUCCCUAACACAUAGGUAACAACCAAAGUAUAAGACGGUUAAUUGGCUGCAAAUGUAAAACUGGUGUGAUGCAGUUAUAGAUGUAUGAUAUAUGAUGGUGUAAAUAAGCACAUGUAUGUUGACUGACAAAACAUUAUUCUAAAGCUGACACUGGUCAAUAGUUAAUAUUGCAGCCUAGUUAGAACACUACUGAAUCUAAAGAGCUUUCAACCCUCCAGGACAAGUAUACAGUAUAUUCACUCCCUCUGAGGGAUUCUGGGUAGAAUUUGUUCCUUGAGCAUGAAGGAACAGCGAAGAAUGAUCAGAAGCCCUGUCUGAACAGACUUGUUUCUAAAACAUUUCUUACUUUCCCUAAUCGUUGAUCUUGUCCAGUUUCAAGGUAGAGGGGUCGCAGGGUCUCUCCAUACACACUGGAAUCCACACUCCUAUCCACCCCUCAUCAAGUUAGCGUGCAGGGAAAAAUGACAAAAACGAUUCACUGUCAGUGCAGAGUGAAAGCAUGUUUGAAUUCACAUUUCAUAUAUUUAUUUCCAGCAACAUGCUGCAAGCAUUGCUUUAUUUUUGGCACGAGUGAAUGCGUUUUUUGAAAAUUCGUGAAAUGAUGAAUGGAGUCUGAAGGCUCCUUCCAGCAUGCACUCCUAGUUAGCUAUCUUAACAGACAUUUAUGACAUGUAUUCAGGGCUAUAUGCUGACACAAAAACUGACACCAUUAAAGCUAAGAUGAUGAAGCUGUAGCCAUGUUUUCUUUUUUGUUGCUAUGCUGUAGUCUUAUGGUGCAAAAGCCUUGUCCAAGUUUUUAUUAUUUGGAUAUUGUUUACAUUUGUAUGAGUGGAUUUUUUGGCAGCAAAUGCAUUUCCUCUUGUUUGCUGUUUUCAAAAUCAAUUUGCCCUUGUAAUUUGAAGUGUGCCUUGACACAGAACAAGUAACAAAUUUAGCAUGAAUAGCGCUUAGCUGUAAACUCCUCUGUGGUUCUGUUUAGAACCAUUAAAGAACAAGUGUGUGCCCUUUUAUUAUUCUUUUAUUUUUUUUUACAUUUUAAUAAAAUUUGUCAGCCGGCGCCAUUUCUGAUGAGACUUAAAGAGUUAUGAUUUAUUUUUUGUUUAGAUUUCUAUAUUUUCUUUUAUAUUGUACUUUGAUUGUCAAAGUGUAAGAUGCAAACUAAAGUCAAGAAAAUGACUUGUAAAUGUAUGUAAUUAUUACAAAGCUGGAAAAUAUUGACAUGUAUAGUAACAUGAAUUAACUGAUUUGAAUGUUUGACACGUUUGUUGUACAGAUGUCGUGGAUAUUCACAGUUUCUCAUGUGUAUUUAAAUCAUUGUUGCAGUUUGUCUGAAACACCCCACCUUCACUUCUGUCUUAAUAAUUAGUCUUCACCCUUUUAAUGGCAUUUGUUAUUUAGUCAGAAUGUCACUUUCCGACUUACGCAUUGUCCUAUCUAUAACCAAUAAACCAGAUCAUACUUCU